CGGCCCGGCCCCUGCCAGCAGCGCAGUGCCAAGCCGUGCCCUGUCUAUAACUCCGGACUUUGACCCUGCGCUCCAGUCCCGGCUGGCGGGCAGAGGGCUGAGGACGGGACGGACACCCCAGAAUCAGGAGCCUCCCCUCGGGAGACAGGACCCUGCACCCUCAGCAGCGGCCGCGUUUCUCCGGAAGUUUGGCACACCAGGCUGGCACCAUGCGCGUGGUGGUGAUCGGCGCGGGCGUCAUCGGGCUGUCCACCGCCCUCUGCGUCCACGAGCGCUACCACUCGGUCCUGCAGCCUCUGGACUUGGAGGUCUACGCAGACCGCUUCACCCCGCUCACCAACACUGACGUGGCUGCCGGCCUGUGGCAGCCCUACCUCUCCGACCGCGGCAACCAACAGGAGGCGCAUUGGAACCGGCAGACCUUCGACUACCUCCUGAGCCACGUCCAUUCUCCCAAUGCUGCGAGCAUGGGCCUGGCCCCGAUCUCAGGCUACAACCUCUUCCACGAAGCUGUUCCGGACCCUUCCUGGAAGGACAUAGUUCUGGGAUUUCGGAAGCUGACCCCCAGGGAGCUGGACAUGUUCCCCGAUUACAGCUAUGGCUGGUUCAACACGAGCCUGACUCUGGAGGGGAGGAGGUACCUGCAGUGGCUGACUGAAAGGUUAACCGAGAGGGGAGUGAGGUUUUUCCAGCAGAAGGUGGAGUCUUUUGAGGAGGUGGCAAGAGGAGGCGCCGAUGUGAUCAUCAACUGCACUGGCGUGUGGGCCGGGGCGCUGCAGCCGGACCCGCUGCUGCAGCCGGGCCGCGGGCAGAUCAUUAAGGUGGAUGCUCCUUGGAUAAAGCACUUUGUCAUCACCCAUGACCUGGACAGAGGCAUCUACAAGUCCCCGUACAUCAUCCCAGGGAUCCAGGCAGUGACUCUCGGAGGCAUCUUCCAGCUGGGGAACUGGAGCGAGGUGAACAACAGUGAGGACCACAACACCAUCUGGGAGGGCUGCUGCCGACUGGAGCCCACCCUGAAGGAUGCCAAAAUCGUUACUGAAUUGACUGGCUUCCGGCCAGUACGGCCCCAGAUUCGGCUAGAAAGAGAACAGCUUUGCUUCGGAUCUUCAGACACAGAGGUCAUCCACAACUACGGCCACGGAGGCUACGGGCUCACCAUCCACUGGGGCUGUGCCCUGGAGGCGGCCAAGCUCUUCGGCCAAGUCUUGGAAGAAAGGAAGUUGCUCAGGAUGCCACCAUCUCACCUAUGAAGGUGCCAAUGAUCACCACCCCACCCAACCCCCCCCAAGGACUUCCCACUUUCCUCAGCCAACUAAUCAAUGUGCUUCUCUCUAAGUCAUCACUUACCCCCCAUCCCACCCCUGGCUCCUGGGCACAAGAAGCACGAGGUGAAGGUCAAUUCCUGGAGGUGAGUCCAGCCCCAUCUGGGCACUCUUUAACCUUUCUCUCUCUCUGGGGCUGGCCUUGCUAAGGCUUACUCCAUGAGUCCUCAGAAGAAAGAAACUCUCAGGAAGUCCAAGAGGCGAGCAGGAAAAUGAGGCAGUUGAGGUAACGUCAACUCGAUGACAAGUUGCAUUAACAUAUUAAAGAGGAAAAAACAUAUGAAAGGUUCUGAAAAGUCCUGCAGCAAAGACCCAUAUCUGAUGUUGUGUCUUCCUGAACCUAUGGAAACCUUUUGCCCAGCCCUAAGGCCACAGAACAAACCUGGGGAAAUGCUGUAACAGAUUUCACAGGAAGUUAUACGUCGAACUGGAAUACAGAGGAGGCAGAGGAGAUGAGGCAUGAAGCUACCAACAUACGAUGCCUGUUUCACAUCCAGGAUUCCAGAUGGCAUCAACCACCCACUGAGUGGCCCCAGGAGCACCAUGUAAAUCCUUGAGAAGGGGCCCCGGGAAGGAUCAUCCCACAAGGAACCCCUUCCCAGAGACUAAACUCACCAAGCACACUCCUUGCUUGCUCAGCAUCUCUCUGCCUUCUGGCUGGUACCUUCUGAGAUGGCAAACAGGCUUCCAGAUGUUUCUGAAAGCCUUUCAUGAGCCUAGGAGCCACUCUGGUUUGCCUCUCUUGACCCAAUCUUCCCAACCCAUCUUCAUUGGUCCACGAUUAUAACGAACCCUAAACUGGACCAAUCGGCUUCCUCCCCGGAGGAGUUGGAAGUGGGACACUGGACAGCUGAGUCAGAUAUGUUUGCAGAGCCGAGCCACGGUGCGUGGAAGCCAUGAGCAGGGUAGGCAUAGGCAGCGACCACGAGGAGGCACUUGCUGAGGCUGCAAAUGGGCGGCCCCUGCACCAAACGCUGGCCUGCGGUGGAUUCUAUUGGGCUCACACGUCAUUGAAAAAUGUUUGCCCCGACGUGCUAAAAUUUGGAGAUUUGACAUAAAAAUCCAGACUCCUGUCUUGAAAACUGGGAGAUCCCAUCAUACA